UUCAUGUGGCUUUGUAUUGAGCCUUUUGGCUUUUAUUCCUUAGUUUCUUUGUCUCUAAAAUGGUGCUACAGCAUUUGAAAUUAUUAUUUAAGAUGUUUAUUAAUGGGCCAUGUAAAAGCAAGUGAUUAAUAAUCUUUGGAAACAGUGUUGCUUUUCAAUCGCUAUGUAAGUGUCUUCCCCUUUAUUGGCUAGUGUUCUUACUGGUGUUCGGAGCAUUGUGGGACUCUGCGGAAAUACCGCGGAGGGAAACAAACAACUUUUGUCAUUAAUUUUACUGUUUUCCUAUUAUAGGCUCAACUGCCUAUGAGGUGCUUACACUUUUAUCAUAAUUCACAGGGGGAACGAAUGGGCUGUUCAGAGCAUCUCUUUAUCCCAAGUAUUUCCCUUUGAAAAUGUAGUAGAAAGAUAUCACUGAACUCAUUUUUAAUGCGUCAGAAUAAAAAUCACAGGUGGUCACCGGCUGCCGAGAGCGGAUCCAGCACUGGCAGCAGGUGGAGGACGACUACAGCGCCCUGCAGGAGCGGCUCAGCACCCUGCCCGAGAAGCUGUCCUACAGCAUCAUGGUACCAUUUGGCCCUUUUGCCUUCAUGCCAGGAAAACUCGUCCAUACUAAUGAAGUCACUGUUUUACUGGGGGACAAUUGGUUUGCCAAGUGUUCCGCAAAGCAGGCUGUGGGCUUAGUCGAGCACCGGAAAGGACAUGUAAGAAAAACAAUAGAUGAUUUAAAAAAAGUGAUGACAAAUUUUGAAUCCAGAGUUGAAUUUACAGAAGAUUUGCAGAAAAUGAGUGAUGCUGCAGGUGAUAUUGUUGACAUAAGAGAAGAGAUUAAAAGUGACUUCGAAUUUAAAGCAAAACACCGAAUUGCUCAUAAACCUCACUCCAAGCCCAAAACUUCAAAUAGUUUUGAAGCGGAUUUUGCAAAUGUUGACUCCAAGGAUCUGCUCGCGGACCAGGAGCUGUGGGCUCGGCUGGAAGAGCUGGAGCAACAGGAGGAGCUGCUGGGCGAACUUGAGAGCCAGCCUCCCACUGUGAUUACAAACGGAGAAGACACAGCGUCUUCCGAAGAGGAGCAGGAAGACGCCAGCGCACGUGUGAACGGACGUGUGAACGGACACGUGAACGGGACGCAUCCAGCGGCUGAGGCCGCGGCUCCAAGCUGUCGGCCCGCGGACGACAUCGUUGGGGAGCUGCUCCGCAGGCCGAGCUGCGCUGUGAACGGCUCUCGUUGCCCCCUCGGUGAUGAGGCUGAGGAUGGUGACGACGACGAUUCUCUUGGGUCAGGGGCCAGUUCUGUACCAGCCAUAUACUUUUCUCACACCGUCGAACCCAAGCGGGUCCGAAUCAACACUGGGAAAAACACCACCUUAAAGUUCAGUGAGAAGAAGGAAGAAGCCAAACGGAAGCGAAGGAACAGCUGUGGUGGCCACCCGGCCCCGGAGCUGCCCACCAUCAGGACCCCUGCGGACAUCUACAGGGUCUUCGUGGACCUGGUGAACGGGGCGUACGUCCCUCGGAAGUCCAUCCUGAAGUCGCGCAGCCGCGAGGACAGCGUGUGCAGCGACACCAGCGAGGGCAGCGCCGACUGCGAGGAGCGCCGCGGGCUCCUUCGGAGCGUCAGCUGCGAGGACGCCCUGGGCAGCGACGCCGGCGAGAGCAUUCUGGAGGAGGAGCCGGAGCCGCUUCCAGGGACGCUCUCGCCCGCGCCCGGGACGCUCGAGGCUUUUUCUGGAACUGUAAUAGAGAAAGAAUUGUCGCCCAGCCUCGCCCCGCACCCGGCCACGGCCCACCCUGUGCUGCCCACGAUCCCUGAGCGGAGAGAAGUCCUGUCAGAAGGGCCGGAGGUCCCCAAGCGGGUGUCCAAGUUCAAAGCCGCCAGGCUGCAGCAGAGGACCUAGGCUGCCAGGCAACCUCGUGCUGCAUCGUCUAGAGUUCGUACCGCUGAUGGCUCCUCGGAGAGUGGAAGGAGGUGUCCUCAGUUAAUUUGGAAGCGGAUUCUCCUCCUCGUCGGUGGAGAUGCGGAUCCGAGUGAGCCCAGGACUUCCCAGUCUGCUUGCUCGUCGUCCUCCGGCACCGGCGACACCGCUGCUGCCUCCGAUGCCACGGCUCUCGGAUCGCUUCUCAGAGAGGUUGUUCCUGGGCGUGGUUGGUGUUUCGAACUAAACGCCGGCAGAUCCGUGCCAGCUGUGACGUGCACACCGCAUGGACCAUGUAGAGGAACGUAAGAUUCAGACCCAGCAGUUCUGUUCCUGCUUCAGCCUUUGAAAGGCCCUUUAAGAAACCUUCUGGCGGGUUCUGCAGCGAGGUGCCCUUUAACCCCGGGACUGCCGCUGUCCUCAGCAGAAGCUCCCGUGGCCUGUGGGCAGGUUUCUUGGGAUUUUGUAAAACUUUUUUUUUUUUAAGUAAAAAUUUUAUGAAACUUGGUCUCGAAAA